AUGGCAAAAAAACGCUACUACGAAAUAAAGACAAUAGUACUAAUAGGCGAUAUUUUUCACUGUUUUAUGUUUCUGCUCGACUCAGUUUCGGCCAAGUAUCAUGACGAACCUUCAAGAGACCAACCAAGUUCGAGCCUAGAACCCCAAAAAGUCUUGACUGCAACUGAAGCAAGAGCUGCCGCAAAGGAACAGAAAAUGCAGCAGGAUGAGCUCGAAGCCUUACAGAUAACCUUUUAUGAAAUCGAGUCCUGGAUUGAAAAAACAACACCUGUUCUAGGACGUAUGACUCGCGAACUAGAUAAAGCUUCAGAACAAUUUGACCGGCGACGUCUCAACGCAGCAAAUACGGCCAGAACAGCCAACACAGCCAACACAGCCAACACAGCCAACACAACCAGUACCCAACAGAAUGCGACCGAGACUCUCUUUCCUGCUCUUCCGAUCUCUUUGGCUGACACUCUAACAAACGCUCACAUAAAUGACCAGCCCUUGAUGCCCUGGAUCCUCUCUUUCCAGCCGGGGAAUUCACUUCGUCUGGACACAAACAUCACUUCUGUAGACCAGUUAGUUGACGCCGUUCAAAAGAUUGCCCUACUUACCGGGACUCCCCCUUCCAAUUUUUCAUCGGCGAACGGGACCGGAGAAGACGCCGAAAUGUUGAGCGCUAAUAACAAUAGCAAUAUUACUAACGCACCUCUCCAGAUCGAACUUGCGACCGAAUUCUGGGCAGCUGCUCUCUCUCGUCACCCAAACUCUUGCCUAGAGAAAUACGAGGAUCGCGACAUUAAUAUCGACGCCUUCACCCAAAAUGUGCCUUCUUCAAUAGUAGAUUACAUGUGUCGCGUCUAUUGGGAGUGUCUUCACCCCAAAUUUGCAGAUGACAUGGCCUCGUUUUAUUAUCGCUCAACCGACCCCAGACGUAAUCAAGUUUGCAUCGACUCUCAGAUGGCCAUGGUGCUUAUACACGUUGUUCGACACGACAAGGAUGUCUGUAAAGAUGCCUACGAAGUUGCUUACUUUUACUAUGAGCGUGCACGCCAGGCGAUCGUGGAUUCUUUUGAUACACCGGACACAUCGACUCUUGAGACCCUAAUGAAUCUGGCCAUGUUUUGCGUAUUGUGCAAACGCCAGUCUCAAGCCCGGAUUUAUAUCAGUUUAGCCUACCGAAUGCUGUUCGACAUGGAGAUUCACCCCACCUCUGGCCGUCUUCCCACCGAUCCAAGGCUUCGACGAACUCACCUGAGGCUGUUUAUGGUAUUUUUUUAUACAGACAUGACCAGUGCCACGUAUUCGGGUGAACCAGACCAGAUCAAGUCGUUUGACACGAUUGACUUUUAUGAGCUCAUCCAGCUGACCGAAUUGCUUACCCAACGAGGACAGAUCCAGAUUGACACAAAGGCGCGCUGCAAGGAAACCUACGCGGUGCAUUUUUUAGAGCUGGCCAAGAUUGGGAAAAAGAUUCAAAAUCUUGCUGCGCAGUACCACCAGUACCAGGGACACCAACAGAAAGACUAUCAUAGUAACAGCAGCGGGAAAUUGCCGCCCGCUUGGGCCAAUCGUGUCAGGACAUUAGAGAUUUCUUUAGCAACCUGGUUUAGUCGCCUGCCUGCUCAUUAUCGCCAAAGCUCAACAUAUACGCCGACCAAUACAAGUGGAUAUGUGAAAGGCCAGGAGAUGGAUGUUUCUGCACUCGAUCAGCAUGCUCGAUUGCUGCUUCAGCUUGGGUACCAAAACCAAUGGCUUUUGCUCCACAAGAUCUUCUUGUCACCCAAAACCGGGGUCGCGUUUAAUAGCCCCAUGCCAUUUUCUUCACUUCAUUAUUCUCAAACCUCUUAUGGUAUAAUGGAUCAGAAUGUAUCGGCAGCUACGGCAGUGAACAUUGGUGUCAUGCCGGCCUCGCCAGCUUCGGCGACUUCUCCGCCACCUUCUACACCACCGUCACACCAACAAUAUAAUCAGCAUCAACAUCAGCAUCAACAUCAGCAUCAACAUCAGCAUCAGCAUCAAUAUCAAUAUCAAUUCCAAUAUCAGCAACAACCCCAGCAAGAGCAGUUUUCAGAUACAUCUUUUACACAAUGCGUUGAACGAUCACACAAGAUUUGUACCGAUGCUGCCAACCGGAUUGUCGGAUUGUCGGAACUGAUUUCAGAAAAGUUUGGGUGGUGCGUGUGCCAGCAAUUUAUCAACUGUAUUUAUCAGGCAUCGACCGUGUUUUGUCGAAAUAGCCUGGGACCAGACGAAUACCAUCGAUUCCCUGCUCAGGUGAUGCUAAAACGUAUCCUGAGUAUCUUGACAUCCAGACAGGUGAAUUACAACGGACUCCCGAACGAUAUCGCCACAUGUCUUAAUGAGUUUCUGUCUGAGCAUGGGAUGGCUACGACGAAUAAUGAACCCCACACACCUCAAGAAGAGGUCCAGGAGUUUGAUACAACCACGACCACAAUAACGACAACGACGACGACAGCCGAGAGUUAUUUUAUGGGUGUUGAUUUUGAUGAUUCGCUUUUUAAUUCACCUUUGAUGUAUCAGACUUGUAAAGACCAGCAAACACAAACACAAGCACAGUCUUUUAUGACUAGUAGUAGCAGUGAAGUUACUUGA